GAAAGCAAAGAUGAUCCCUUCAUCAAAGCACCUUGUGGCGAACACUUUGUCUGCGCAAACGACAUAGCCGGCUUCUUCGAAUACGCGACGAACGACGAGAGUCUUUACCCUCCAAAAUGUUGCGGUCGAUUUUUCUUGCUGGAUCAGUACAGAGACCACAUUCCUGCUGAUAUAGCAUCAGCAUAUCACAGCAAGGAACAAGGCGAGUACUCAAUUUUGGCAAAAGAUCGACUCUACUGCGCAAAUCCGCCUUGUGCCCGGUUCCUCCACCCAUCGUCCAACGUCAAAGACGAACUCUCCAACACGACUUACGCAAUCUGCAAGGCAGAAGAGUGCAGUCGCUGGACAUGUGUACACUGCAAGACACUGCUCGACAAGAGCAACCUAGCACACCCAUGCCACUCAACCGGCGUAGAGGAAAACUUCAAGCAAAUAGUCCUCGAAAAAGGAUACCAACGCUGCUUUGCCUGCGGCGCAACCGUCGAGUUGACCGAAGCAUGCAAUCACAUCAGAUGCAUCUGCGGCACAUCCUUCUGCUACAUCUGCGCCAAACCCUGGACCGGCUUCCGCCACGGCUGCCCCAGCUAUGGCCCCGCCAUCUACGACGCUCAAGGCUACAACCAAAUCGGCUUCCAUCGCGACACGGGCCUGAAUCGCACCGGC